AACGCAGUGGAAUUCGAAUUAAUAUUGUGCAAAAUGUCAUGACAGUUGACAGCUGAAUACGUUCUUUCUCUUCCGGAACACACAAAGAGUUGAUAAAAUGGCCAAGUCAAAGAAUCAUACCAACCACAACCAAAACCGCAAAGCCCAUCGUAAUGGCAUCAAAAAGCCAAAACCUAAGGUCCACGAAUCAACAUUGGGUAUGGAUGCCAAAUUCGUUCGCAACCAACGUUUCGCACGCAAAGGCAAUGUUGGUGUUGUAGAAGCCAGAAAACGUCAUGAAGAAAAAUUGAAGAGCCGCGCCGGCCGACCAAAAUCAAUCAAAUUGUAAAUGGGAUUUUGUGUGAUUCCAAAACAAAUUCCGUUUUUUUCAUGAUAUGAAAAUAAAAGUUUCUAACAUCAACAACUAAAAA